CAUAGGUCAAGAGAUCAUUUCUCUGACAGUAAAUUGGCCUCUCGAACAGGGAUUAGAGAAACCAGCAUUAACCCAUCCGGGACCAGAGAGGAGGACAGACACCCGGGGACAGAAGAAUAAAUGAGUAGCUGCGAAGGUUUUUCGGGACCUUCUUCCGGAGGCGGAAAUGGAUGGCAUGGCGUGCCCGGAUUUCCUGUGACGUCUAGUGGUCAGCAAUUAAUGACGUUGGUCAGUUUUUCGGUGACUCCGGCUACGUGGCAGGCGCAUGGGGUCGUUCGUCCAGUGAUCUGGUUGGUUGGACAUUCCUACAUCUUCUGGGCAGCGCAGAGGGUGGAAUGCAGGCCUGGAGGUCGCAGCCUGGGUUUCAGGGAAGUCGAGGUGGACUGGAGGGGGCUUCGGGGCCAGAGAUGGUCCCAGGUGUUGCCGGAGGUGGUGGAGAUUGGUCGUAGAUCGGUGGGGCCAGUGAUACUGGUCUUACAUGCGGGUGGGAAUGACCUGUGUUCCCAGAGGAUGUUGGAAUUAAUGGCGUUGAUGAGGUCUGAUUUGGAGCGCUUCCCUGCGUUCUUCCCGGAGCUGGUUAUAGGGUGGUCAGAGGUAGUGCCAAGAGUAGUUUGGCAUGGCGCCAGGGACAGGGAGGCUAUGGAAAAGUGCAGGAAGACAUUGAAUGCCCGGAUGUCCCGUUUUGUGCGUUCUAAGGGAGGGGUGGUUGUCCGACAUUGGCAGUUAGAGGGCGAUAAUAGAUCUUUGAUGAGGCCAGACGGUGUGCACCUCACCGAAAUUGGACUGGAUAUCUUUUUGUCCGGUUUGCGGGAUGGCAUCGAACAGGCUUUUAGUUUGCUGGGUGGUGGUCGGAGCCCUGUUUAAGAUACGGUCCUCCUCCGUGGCGGCAUUUGAAAAGGAAAGUUCGUGGUGAAGAGUUAUUGGCGUACGUACACCCUGGGGAGCCAGGGUGGUAUACCGCAUCGGAGGAAUGGUUCGUGGAGGAGGUGGUGUUUUUUUAUACCGUUUUGUUAAAAGAAAAUAUUAGCUGUGGCCGAUCAUCACCCAGUAAAGGAUUGGUUGUUAAAACUAAGUUGUUGGAGUCUUUUUUGGGGUUAAGUUGGAAGGGGCCGGUGGUCCUCCCUUGUUCCCCUCCUUGCCCCAUCCCUAUUUUAGUACCAGCAGUCUGGAGAGCACCCGACAGGGUAGCGAGGGUGAUGAGGGACUGUUGGUCCCCCUUCCCCUCCCUUUAUGUUUUCCCUAGUUAGGGGUAAAGAAUAGGCCCCCGGUUUGUGGUUGGGGGGAGAAUAGUAAGGGGUUAAAGAAGUUGCAGGUGGAGUAAGGAAAGAAGGGGAGAGCCAGUGGGAGGAGUAGUAUAGGUGGAUAUAUAUAGGGGAGGUCAGUGUAGGGACUUCCUCUUGACAGGGUAAGCUGAGUUGCCCGCCCUCCCGCUCUUAGGAUUCAGGUUUAUUUUUAUACGUUUAUAAAGUAAUUUAUAUUAAAUUUUUUUUUUUUUUUAAAUGUGAUAUGUUGUUGCAAGACCAGUUUGGUUCAUUGUGUCUCUCUUUUGAGGUUCGGUGAGAGGUGGAAAAUGGAAGUCACAGAGGUGGAAAAUGGAAGUUCGUGGUGAAGAGUUAUUGGCGUACGUACACCCUGGGAAGCCAGGGUGGUAUACCGCAUCGGAGGAAUGGUUCGUGGAGGAGGUGGC